AUGGCUCCCAUGCUCGCUGCAGAUGGCUCUGUAGCGGGUAUAUUUACACACGUUCAUGAGACCACACACGAGGUCAUAUCUGAACGAAAAACACAGAUCUUGACUGACAUCAACAAAGCAAUGGCGAUAGCAUUUGGUGUGCUUGAUGGCGCCAGCAGCGACGUUCAUUUUUCAGCCGUCUACAGUACGGGCCUCAAGAACGACACACUGGACCUGACCUUGCAAGCCACCGCAGGUCUGAACGAGAAUCACCAUAAGACCCCACCAAGAGGCGACCCCGAUGUACCUCAAUUUGGUCUAAAUCGUGUUCUCCUAGAAGUUUGCCGUAAUUACGAAUCAAGAAUACUUUCCACCUAUGACGACAGUCUGACCCAAAGUACGCUGGACCAGCUCAGGGAAUACGACCUACGAGUCCCGUGUCGAGAGGUUGUCAUCCACCCUCUGAGGAACUUCAUCGAGAACAACGUAGCAGGUGUCAUAGUUAUCGGAACGAGUCCGCUCAGAAAGCUUGACGAAGACUACCGGUCGUUCCUUGGUCUGAUGACCAAGCAAAUCGAGAACGGCAUCAAUGUCGUAAAAGGCAUAGAAAAAGAAAAAGAGCUCCACAAGGCACAGAUUACAUCUAAAUUAGAGGAACGGUUCUGGCGCUUCGCAGAAAAGGCACAUGUAGGGAUGUAUAUGUAUAACACCGAUGAUGUAUUAACGCUCUGGAACACUGCGUUUGAAGCCAUUAUAGGGAAAUCUGGCGAGAAAUUGACUGGCCCAAUGGCUUGGUUGGACGCGAUCCACCCGGACUGCAUUGCCGACAUCAGCUCCAUUUGGAACGGUUACACUAACUCCAAACACGAAGAGGCUAUCGCAUUCGACAUACAAUUCAAGAAACCUUGGAAAUCACAGAAAGAUGGCGUCGAAGGCUCGCUAGAUCGGACAUGGGCGCUGGGGACCGUUUAUCCUGAAAUUUCAGAGGACGGCCAGCUCACGGCCACGUUGGGUUGCAUCACGGAUAUUUCCUCGUUCAAAUAG